AUGGCCAAGAAGAAGAGCAGCAAGAAGAAGGCGCGCGCGCCGACGCCCGACGACAUCGGCGCGACCGUCUUCAUCGAGGGCCUCCAGAGCCAGCCCGAGCUCAAUGGAAGUCGCGGGACCAUCAUCGCGUUCAAUCGCGAGAAGAAUCGCUACACGGUCGAGUGCGGCGCGACGACGAAGAAGAUCAGCGUGAAGCCGGAGAACUUGCGCGUCGCGGGGCAAGUCGUGGAGCGCAGCAUCUUGAACGACGGCGACGGCGCGCCCGUCGCCGCCGCGGCCGAAGGCAAGAUCGACCCGCGGACGCUGUCGCCGUGGGCGAUGCCGUCCGCGCGCGUGAACACAUUUCAAAACACGAACGAUCAUCCCUUGACGAAGGCCUGGAUCGACGCGAUGCCCGUCUCCUCGAAGAUGGCGAUGAUGCAGGUGGCGUGCGGGGUCCCCGGGCGGAGCGUCGAGGCGCUGCCCGCGGCCAGCCAGUGGUGCUACACGGUGUCCCACCUCUUCAUGAAUUUCAUCACGCACGGGCAUCGCGAGUUCAUCGUCACGACGAAGGACCCGGGCCCGUCGACGGAGGUCGUCGGCGUCCAGCUCGUCGGCGACGCGCGCGCGGCUCCGGCGGGCUUCGCCGGCGUCGACGCGGGCGCGCCGCUGUAUGCCGUCCGGGUCUGGCUCGGAGGCCACCACGCCGUGAUGCGAAAGAUGGUCGAUCGCACGCCGCGGCCCGAGCUAUCGCCGGACUACAUCUACGCCGAGUCGCGCGCGCAGAUCGCGUCGGGCAGCAUGGCGCUCCGGGCCCUGAGCGAGCGCGUCGCGGGCAUCGACGUGCGGGCUCCGGGGGCGGCGCGGGCGUCGUCGGCGUCCUUCGCGUCGGUCCUCGCGCCGCCGAACGACCUCGCGACGCCGAUGCAGCCCAAGCAGCGCGAGAUCUGCUCCGCGUGCGGCGACGCGCGAGACGAGGGACGGCCGAAGUUCAUGAUGUGCGCGCGGUGCCGCGGGGCGUCCUACUGCAGCAAGGCCUGCCAGAAGGCCCACUGGUCCGCGCACAAGAAGGUCUGCGGCGUCGCGGCGACGAGCGACCGAGAAUCCGUCGUCGUCUCCACGAUCGCGCCCCCCGAGCUCCAGGGCCUCUGGACGGCGGCGCCCUUUUCGUUCACGGGCGAGCUGGGCGCCAACGCCUCCGCCGGUCAUCAGAUCAAGGACUCCGCGCCGCGGAACGUCCACGGCGACGCGGUCUUCGUCGUCAAGAUCCAGCUGCCGAUGGACGGCGUCGGCACGAUGGCCAUGAUCUACGACCGCUCGCGGUCCUUCACGCUCCAGAUGGUGCCCCUGCCGCCGAACGCCGCCGCCUACGUCCGCGCGACGCGCGAAUUCCAGGGCAACAAGGCCUACCUCGAAGCGAAGCGCGAGGGCGAGAACCUGCGCAUCUUCAUCGACAAGCGGGCCCCCACGCCGCCCUGGUAG